AUGUCAGGCUAUUUCAAUCCGACAGCGCUCAUUCCAGAUCCCCCAUCAGUUCAUCAUGAGAGAAGCUCAUGGGAAAUGAACCGAUACAGGAGCCCAGAGGACGGUUACUUUACGGAGAGCGAAGAAGAGGUCCUUAACAACUUGGACGAAGUAGCCAUGGCCGCUCUACCGCUCCAUUUGCAAGAAAACAUGCGCGAGUUACAUCUUGAGCGCGUGCAAAGAUUGAAAAGAGAGAAAAGUAAUGAUCCAUUCUACAAGCCAUCUUACCAUGCGACAUCACCGGUGAUUUGGUACAAGGAUUCGAUAGCUACGAUGGAAGCAAGCCAGGACACGGAGAGGAGUGGUCGCGGAGGUUUGCCAAGUUCAAGCUCGGAGCAAGUUGAUUGGUAUUUGUGGCAGCGCAUACAUGAGAUGAAUGAGAGAAGGCACAUGGAGGGUGAUACUAUCGCGAUGGCGGCUCCUUAUUCCCACAGCUCGAGUGCGCGCUUCAAUCUGGCCGGCAAUCUGUUUUCGAAGCAUUCGACAUCAACUGAAGAGGAUAUGGAAACCGGAUAUACUGGCGGCAGACAAUCUCGCAGCACAUACAUAUCACAGCCGACAGGCACAAAAGCCCGCGCAUGUGUAAUUCACACAGUCGAAGACACCGAGGCGCCUUCUGAAGGACCAAAUGCGCAUGAGCGGUUUCGCCAGAGAGGCUCGUCAAUGAUCUCCGCUAUGCGGGGCCGCGUACGAAAAAGUAUCCAAAGAAUGAGCAAGGUGUUCAAGAAACAGUCUAGUUUGCAAGAUCAUAAUCGAGCAUACGAAACCUUUGUUUCGAGUUGA